AUGGGAGUGUCAUCCAUUUUACAACGACUUGAAAAAAGAGGAAAACCAAUUAAUUUAUCUAUACCACAACAAAAUGAACAAUCAGCUUCAUCUACUAGAACAACGAAUUUAUCUAAGAAUAACACAUCAUCAUUUAAUAAACCUAUAGAUCCAGUUGUAGCAAGAUUAAAAGAGAAAAGACGACUAGAAAGAGAACAAUUGGAGGGAGCAAAGAGUAAAAGCAAUGGAGCAGCUAAAUCAAAAAGUACCAACUCCAACAAUCUAGCGAGAUCAAGCUCAGCUACUACAUCAAAACCAAAAUCACAACCAAAACCUACAUAUCAUGAAAGACCUCAACCACCCCCCGUCAAACCAAAAUUAAAUUUCAAUGCAUUAAUGAAAAAAGCAAAUGAAAUUGAUCAUGAUAAAUUAUCUAUAAAAUAUCCACAAAAAAGUAAAUCUCCAGAGUCUGAAAAACCAAAAAAACCAUUUUCAGCUGUACCUGAAAAAAAAUCAAUUCUUACAAAUAACAAAUCAACACCACUUGCAAAAUCAAAACCACUACUUAAUCGACAAUCUAAGGCUUUUUCAAAACCCACACCUCCAAUUAAAAAAGUAGUAUCAAAAGUUCCAAUACCGUCUAGACAGCCAAAUGCUAAAGUACAAGAGAAAAUUCAACAACAUAAAAAGACAAAACAAACACAAAUGCCUUAUAAAAACGGACACAGAAUAGAAGAAGAAGAAGAAGAUAGCGAUUUGGACGAUUUCCUCGUAUCGGAUGAAGAAAUUAUUGAGGAAGACGAUGAAGAAGGAUAUGAUAGAGAGCAAAUCUGGGCAAUGUUUAAUAAAGGUAAAAAGAGAGGGUACGCCACAUAUGAUGAUUAUUCAGAUGAUGAUAUGGAAGCUACUGGUGCAGAUAUUUUAGAAGAAGAAUUCAGAUCAAAAAUGGAUGCAGAAAGGGAAGAUCGUAGAGAAGCAGAAAAUGAAAAAAGAAGAGCUUUAGAAAAACAAAAAAGAAAAAAAAUUAGAUAA